GAUUUACCUAAGGUCAUCAUCCUUUCACAGUUAGCUGUGAAGAUAUAAACAAACUGGUCGAAUGAACUGAGCAUUGCACAUCAAAUUGUUGAACUGACCAAAAAGUUUUCAGCUCUCUUACUUCCAUCACGACAAUGCGUUUUGUUGUCAAAUACUGUAUAUUGGAUGUUGGACACACAAGUGAACUUUCAAACAGUGUCUACUGCCGUGCUGUUAUGCUAGUAUGCAAAAGAAGAAUUACCAAAGAAGCACUUUAAACCGUGUUCUUACGAUUGCUCACCGUGGUACAGUCUUCACUUGUUUGAUGUUCGGUGUAGCCCUCACAGGGUACACAGUCCUUUCACUAGCCCAGUAUUAUAUAUAUAAACGACCUGUUAUCAAAAAACAGCAACAAGACUACGCAAAAGCACUUAUUUUUAAAGAGAAACGGGAAAAAGAGCUCGGUUUGAGAGAUUGAUAAUAUUUCACGUGAGGUUACAUGAAAAGGCUGUCAAACCGUCUCAGGGAUUUCUUUCUUUCUAUAAUGUCCAUUUUGAAGUCUUGCGAGGUUACCAAUAUACAACAACCAUCUUCGAAGUCUAUUGUAGAUGAGUCAGUUCCUAGUUUCUCCAAUGCUCCCACCAGACCUAAACGUAGGAAUAAUGCCAUUUUGUUGAUGUAUUCAGGUUGGGGUUAUUAUGGCAUGCAAAGAUGCCCUGUUUUUCCAACUAUUGAAGGAGAACUGUCUAAAGCUCUCUUUACUUGUGGUCAACUCGAUAAUCUGACAAGUGAAGAACAUAAAAGAGUUCAUUUUCAACGUGCAUCUAAAACUGACAAAUCCGUUUCCGCCCUUGGACAAGUUUGUUCUAUGCAAUUACAAGAAGACACAGAUUUAUUAAGUAAAUUGAACAACUCUUUGCCCGAAAAUAUUCGUGUUCUUGAUAUUAUUCGUGUAACUCGUGGAUUUUCUUCAUACAGUUCGUGCACACAUCGAAUAUAUGAUUAUCUAUUACCUACAUUUGCCCUAUCACCUGCUACUUCAUCAUUAAACGAUUCCACUUGUUGGACUUAUCGUUUGACAGUUGAACAAAUUACCCAAGUUAAUCGUUUACUUGAAAAGUAUAAGGGUACUCAUAAUUUUUAUAAUUUCACUUCAGGAAGACUUGUAACGGAUCGUAGUUGUAGUCGAUAUAUUAUAUCGGCCGAAUGUAUGCCUACAUUUUUACUCGGUGAGCAUCAAUAUACUAUUAUACGUAUUGCUGGUCAGUCGUUUAUGCUGCAUCAAAUACGUAAAAUGAUUGGUUUAGCAUUAGCUGUUCUACGUGGUUAUGCAACAGAAGCUGUGUUCGAUAUUGUGUUCAGUAAAGAAAGAAUAGAUAUACCAAAAGCUCCAGGACUAGGUCUUAUGCUUAACCAAGUGGACUUUAGUCAGUAUAAUACAAAAUAUCAAAAUGAUGGUAUCCAUCAACCAAUUGAUUGGAGUAAAUACGAAGAGCAAAGAAACGAAUUCAAGAUGCAUUAUGUAUAUGAACAUAUUGAUCUAAUUGAGUCGAAAGAAAACUCUAUGUUUCGAUGGCUUUCUACAUUGGAUAAUCAUACAUAUAGUUUCAGAGAUUCUCCAUCUCCUCUGAUUGUUGCUGAUAACGGUUCGAAAACAGAUGAUACUCAGAUAGCCAAUCAAGAUUAUGUUUCCAUUCGCACACCAUUCAACAUUAAAGAUAAUCUAAAUAAAAAUGAUGUUUCAGAGUGUGAUAUACCUGUUAAAAAAGAAAGGUUGGCAUUGUGAGAUAUCUGUCCAAUUUUUUUAUCAUGUCGCCUAGUGGUUUUAUAAUAAAUCGAUGUUUAUAUUAGUCAUAAUGUAGUACUCUUUUUCCCUUUGCUAUAUAUCUGCCAAAUGUAUGCGAAGAAAUAUAAAUACAACUAUUCUAAAUAGAGUUCCGUCUACAAUCGAUUUUCAAAGUAGUCUUUCCCAAAUAUUAGUAAUUUCCUUAUCUUUGAAGAUGAUUAAUAGGUAACAAACAAAGUCAGUAAUUGAUAUUGGUAAUGUAGCAUCAUAGAAGCAAGUGUACGUGUCAUUCAUUUGUCUCACUGGUCGAUCGUUCUCUCAAUCUCGAUGCAUUUAUUUCCUGAUAAAUUAAGUAAAUUAGUUGUCUGAUUUCUUCACUGUAAAAUAGUCCGUAUGCCUUACUAAUCACUAUUUGAUUUUCCAAUUUUCCAUAACUUAUGCUCUUGCUGUUUCUUUCAAACUUUUCACUAUUUAUUUUAGUAGUCUUACAUAUUUUGACCCUUCAUCAGUGUUUUUAGUGGUCCUAAGUUUUUUUACUUUUGUCUGCGAUCUUAUGCUUUUAGUGUGUUCUCAACGCUCGAAAAACCUGACUAGGUGAGGUUCCUUUGCCGAGUGCUGUCCAAAUAAGGUUGUAUUAUAUGUACUGUUACAUGUAGGAUGAAGAUUGCUUGUAGUAAUGUGUGGGGAGUCACCAUAGUUGAGUUAACUUUCCUUGUUUCACUGCUGCAUAUAACUUACAAAGUGACUGCAAGAUACUCUGCGACCUGUCUCGGUAUAUCGAGUAUCCUUGUACUUAAGAUGAGGUGUCUUUGUGCAUCCAAGAAUAAUAUGGGCAAAACAACUCUCAAAUGUACCUUGAGUUUUUGCUACACAAGCGAUCGUCAUGUUUGCCACUAAAGUGUUUCUUAUAGUAGAUGUAGGCCGUGCUUCAAUU